AUGCAGCAGUCAGGGGAUGAAAGUUUAAUACCUAAGCACUCCCAAGGGCGAACAAUUGUCGCAAAGCGAUUGGGUUGUGAGAAUAAGCCUCGUGCACGUUCAGACACGGAUAGCACAUCGCAGACUCAUUCAGCUGCAUCCGGUUUUGAAGAUUGGAAUUUUGUCAGUAAUUCAAUAAAUCGAGCUCAGAAAGAGAAGAAUUUGGACGUGUUAGAAUUAGAAUUUCGGGCUCGUGCAAUUCAAGCGCUCAUCAAAAGAAAUGAAUGA